UUUAUAAACAAGUGUUAUAGAGAAGGUAGUCUCGUCACACAUUACAUUCGCAUAUUUUUAUGAUUCAUUUGACUGCCACUAAGGGCCGGUUUCAUAAUCAAAAUUAAUUCUCCAGUUAAAUUUAAUCGAGAUUUUAACGAUUGAAUGGAUUUCAUAAUCUCUAAUCAGCCAGUUAAAAUUUUUUAAUUGGCCGUUAAGUUAACUGCUCUAUUUCGGCCUGUUGAGCAGUUAAUUGGGGAAUUAAAUGUUUAACAUAACCUUUCUUUGUUGUGUCAUUUGGACGUUUGGACGCUAUUUGUUAAACUGCAGAUUGAAGCGAUAUUUUAUACAAACCGACAUUACUUUGAACAAUAUGGUAAGUAUUUACAGUACAAAAAAAUACUUGGAAAUAUUUAUUUUCAUGUACGUGUUUAUAUCCUAGAUGAAUCUAUGGCAAAGUAGCAGCAGUAGCUCUUCAUCUGAUGAGGACAUACCUACUAUUCGUAAAACGAAGGUGUAUAGGAAAAGAGACGAUUAUUUCACGAAGUUUGAUGAGCUAGAAUUUUUCCAAAGAUUUCGCUUAACAAAGAGGACUUGCUUAGUUUUGCUGGAGCAAAUAAAGAAUAGUAUACAGCUAGAGACAAACAGGGGAGGAAGCAUCCAAGCUAAAACUAAGCUACUACUGACUGUGAGAUUUUAUGCAACUGGCAAUAUGCUGAGACCUGUGGCAGAUUUUGCAGGUGUACCAAUAGCAUCUGCAAGUCGGAUUGUUCGCAAGGUAUCAGAAAGCAUAGCAGCCUUGCAAUCUAAUCACAUUAAAAUGCCAAAUACGAGGCAGGAGAUGGAAACUACUGCAGCAGAAUUUUAUAGAUUAGCCAGAUUUCCAAGAGUUAUAGGGGCAAUAGACUGCACUUUGAUUAAGAUGGAUUCUCCAGGUGGAACUGAUGCUGAAAUAUAUAGAUUAUAGAACCAGAAAACAGUUAUUUUGGAAUGCAUGUACAAACAGUUUCAGAUGCUAC